AGAAUAUUAUGCUGCCAGUGUGCUGUGCCCAUAGAACCCAAUCCGUCAAACAUGUGUGUUGCUUGUUUACGAGCAAAUGUUGACAUCUCAGAUGGUAUACCCAAACAAGGCACUCUGUUCUUUUGUAGAGGAUGUGAGAGAUAUUUGCAGCCUCCAGCAGAAUGGGUAGUAGCAGCAUUAGAGUCUCGGGAACUGCUUGCUCUGUGCCUCAAGCGAUUAAAAGGCCUGAACCGUGUCAAACUGGUUGACGCUGGCUUUGCUUGGACAGAACCACAUUCCAAGAGAAUUAAGGUUAAAUUGACAGUACAAGGAGAAGUGAUGGGAGGAGCAGUACUUCAACAAACCUUCAUUGUGGAGUUCAGUAUACAGCAUCAGAUGUGUGAUGCUUGCCACAGGUCUGAAGCUCAAGACUACUGGCGUGCCUUAGUGCAAGUGCGACAGAGAGCCAACAACAGGAAGACAUUCUAUUACCUGGAACAGCUGAUUUUGAAACAUAAGGCUCAUGAAAAUACCCUUGGUAUUAAGCCUAAACAUGGUUAGUAUAUAUUUAUGUUAUGAAGUUCAAA